CCUCCCGCAGCCGCGAUGCCCGGAUCUGAGGGGAGCAAAGGGAGGAGUAAAGUACGUCUGAACGCAAAUUGCGGGUUGGGCCCCGGCGGAGGAAGAGGCGGUGUCACGUAGCUUCUCUCCCCCCGCCUUUCCCCGGCUGACAAACUUGCCAAAGCCCGGAAGCUCCAGAAGGAAACAAAGUUUCCCAACAGAAAACAGGAGGGUGGGGAAAAAAAAAAAAAAAAGCCUCCAGCGCCCAGCGCAGCCGGCGGACUCCGGAGAAAGGGACGAUCGCGAGGCGGGGAUGGGCGACUGAAAGGGAGAAGCGGCGCCGAGGAGGAAGAGGGGAGAGGGGGGGGGUGUCGAGGCAACUCGGCCACCCACCCACCUACCCACCCGGCCCGGGGAAGACCCUUGGAAGACCGGCCUCCUUCUCUCCAAUCCGGUGGGCGAUGGGCGCCCGGCAGCCCCUCCGGGCCGAAAGGAGGGCUCCCCCCUGCCUCGUUCUGGUGGGGCUCCUGCUGGGUGUCAUUCAGGCUGCGGAAAGUAAUCCCUCACGUACGGCCGUUUGUCCAGGUUAUCCCGAUGUCCGGAGAGAACCGCAAGGCCAAAUCUGUAGCCCUUCGGGCCGCGUGAUGACUUCCAGCAGCUGUUCCUGGGUGAUCGUGGGUGGCCCAGAUGAUAUCAUCUACAUUGGGUUCCAGCACUUCUUCCUUUCCUGCGGGUCGGAAAUGCUGAUCAUCCGUGCGCCCAAUCAGCCGUCCCGGAAAUUGUGCGGUUACACAACGCCGGAAUCGAUUCGCGUAAAGGGAGGCAACGUGACCCUGACUUACAGUUGGAAAUUCUGGGCAAGGAAUAGAUUUCAGCUCAAAUACGAAAGAGAACCUAAAACACAGCCUGUUGUGUCAUGCAACCGCACCUUGGACGACUUCUACGGGGUGAUUUAUUCCCCGGCCUUCAGCUCGGACUCGCACCUGGGAGCUGCACAUUGCCAGUGGGUCCUGGAUGCCCACGAUAGCCGUCCCCUCACCCUUCGCUUCACGGUCCUUAACUUAGAUAUCGGGGACUCUCUCCGGGUGUAUGAUGGUGUGCCUGGCGACCCACUCCUCCCUCACCUGCUGCGUAACUUGGAUUACACCAGCAACAACAAGAUUGUGUCGGUAGAUUCCCCAUCUAGCCGGGCAUGGGUGGUCUACCAGGCGGUGCCGGGAACAGAAGGACGGGGAUUCAAUGCCACGUACCACGUGCAAGGAUUUUGUGUGCCGUGGGACUUCCCCUGCGGAGGAGACAGCGGCGAGGGCGCCAUGUGUUACAGCACCGUUGAGCGGUGCGACGGUAAUUGGGAUUGUGCCAAUGGCGCCGAUGAGGAUGGUUGCCAUGGCUGCCCACCGGGGCAGUAUCCCUGUGGAGGACGAGGCAUCGGAGGCGCCAUCUGCUACAGUGCCACCGACCGUUGCAACUACCAAACGUUUUGUGCGGAUGCCGCUGACGAACGCCGUUGUUACUCCUGCCAGCCCGGGAACUUCCGGUGCAGAGACGGCCGCUGUAUCUACGAGAGCUGGGUGUGUGACGGGCAGGCAGACUGCGUUGAUACUUCAGACGAGGCGGACUGCUCCUACAUCCUGCCCCGCAAGGUGGUGACGGCGGCCGUCAUUGGCAGCCUGGUAUGCGGUCUCCUUCUGGUCAUCGCGCUGGGCUGCACAUGCCGUCUGUAUGCGCUCCGGAGCCAUGAUUUUGGGUGA